AUGGCAGGCAGCACGUCGUUUGGCCGCGAUUUUCUUCGGUUGUGCCAAGACAACAACGGCGUUGACCUGCACAAGUUGCUCCAAACAACCCUUGGAAAGCAGCCGGCAGAUGCCGAUCUGGAGGCAACCCAUGACGACGCCGUUGCCAAGAGUGUUGGGCUGGCCUGGAGUGCGGGUGUAACAAGUGAAGGCUUGGAAGCCUCCUUGCAAGCCUUGCGGCAGUGGGCCCGAAGGUAUCUAGAUCGGAACGACAAGGUGCGCUGGAUGCUGGCACCAAUGUUGUGGUUGGCAGCACGGCCGAGGCAGAUCGCUGUCGAGCUAGAUGGGAAAGAUUCUGCCAGAUACCGUGGCAAAGUGGUGGAGGAACUUCGGGUCCUCUUCACCAAGCUGCACCAGGACAGAGCCAGAAGAGAGGGCGCCUUGGUAAUGUGCUGCGAGCUCCUGCGGCUCUACAGGAGCCUCGGACAGGCGUCCCAGUGUUCCUUCAUCCUGACGACUGUUGGCAACGUGGCGCGGGAGGAGACGUUCGAUCCCAACAGGCUACCAAAGUCGUUGCUUGUGACCCUGUACUUCCUUUGGGGGAAGCAUCUGGUGCUGGAAGGCAAGAUUGUGGAGGCGCCUCGAAAGAGCUCCGGCUCCCCUUCUGGGGGCUGGUUCGACUCCCAAUUGCCAGGGUAUGAAGGGGCUAUUGUUGUUCAGGCGGUGUUGAUGAACACAUGCUGCCUGUGCAUGAGUAAAGAAAGAUCGGAGGCAAGCGAAACGGUAUACUUCAGCAAUCAACUCUCUUCUUCCUGCAUCUGGCUCAAGAAUGCAGCCUUUGUAUAG